UACAAAGGGAGAUGGAUGUUUUUUGACCAAGACACCACACAGUUGCGCCAACUGUGCAGUGCAUACACACACAUUUGCAAGUUUGCUGAUAGAAUUCUUCCUUCUCAGAGGACCAACGAUGCCGCAGCCAGACCCAAUGCCGUCUGGCUUCGAAGCCACACUGCUGCAGGUCCACCGACAGCAGCGGAUGGCUUUGGAGAGCUACCAGCUGCUCACAAAGCAACAUGAAGUCUGGCAGAGGUCAGUGGAACAGCUCCUGACAAAAGCCCAUGAGGUGCCACGAUCACCCUUGCUGGUGGCGCCACCGCCCUGCAGCCUCUUCACUGCGGAGCCUUUUCAGUUGCCGGAGGCGGAAACACCACCAGACAGUAUGCCCUUGAGUCAGAUGAGUCCUACAGGGGCAGAUAGGGCAGAAAGCAACCGUCCUGCAUUGGCUUUGUCAAAGUCCACUGUGGAGCGCUUUCAGGGCCCAGACAAGAAAGGGGGGCCACUAAAAAAGAUUGUGGCAGAACUUCGUGAAGAGCAGGAAGCAAGAGAAAGGAAGAAAGAAGAGAAAGGCUUUUGGAGGAAAUUGCAACGCAAUGUCAGUGAGCUGGUGCUGUCGCGCUGGUUUGAGUAUGUCACUGGACUUGUCAUCCUGCUCAACAUGGUCACCAUCGGCAUAGAAGCUGAGUUAUCUGCUCAUGGCACUUCUGAGAGCUGGGCUGUCGACGCGGAAAGAGUGUUCCUGGCACUCUACACUAUUGAGAUUACACUGAGAAUCAUCGGCCUUGGGACCAAGAACUUGACUAUCCUUUGGUUCUACUUGGACUUUUUUCUAGUUGCCAUCGGCUUGUUGGCUAGGGUAGCGGUUCCCGUUUUCGGACUAGGAGACUUGGCCGGGUUUGAAAAGCUGCUCUUGGUGAGAUGUUUGCGGCUUCUGAGACUGGUGCGAGCGCUGCGCAUGAUCAGCCAUUUCAAGGUGAUGUGGCGCUUGGUCUACAGCCUUCUGACUGCUGGGCAGACCCUUCUCUCUACUGCUGUUUUGACAUUGUUGGCGCUUUUCAUAUUUGGCUGUGUUGCCUUGGAGUUUAUCACCAAGGACCUUGCUUUGAAAGAACACCCGGAGACAGGGCCGAUCGUGCAAGACUAUUUUGACACUUUGCCCAUGGCGAUCCUCACCUUGACGCAGUUCGUGACCUUGGACUCGGUCGCUCAAAUCUACUACCCACUCAUUGUAAUGCCGGUGAGCCGUCCACGAUCCAUGGAGGAUUGGCUUUAUGUCCUGCCUGAUUGUGUAACAUCUGAAUCGUGGGCAGUGACUAUCUCACAACCAAAAGCUCAGCUUUUGCACCGACCAUGUCCUUGGGGUGGUCAUCUCGUGAAGUUUGAUUUGAAAGGCAUUGAGAUUGCAGACGCGCCAGAGAACACGGCCAAUUUGAUUGUUAGGCCAGAGGUCAGAGCAGCAAUGAGUGGAUGGUGUGCUCCAGGUAUAUCAGGAUUUCAAGGAAGCCACACAACGAUCAGGUCUUCGGAAUUCGUGGCGCCCGGCGAAGCCAUCAUCGAAAGCAAGACCUCGUCAUGGCUCAUGCACCUUUGUGCUGUCCUCUUUGGCGAGAUGUCCGGAAAAAAAUUGAGUCAUUUCUUUCACGAUCCACAAGUUCCGGUUGUGUUGCACCAAAAGAUCCGCCGCAACUACCCCUCAGAGGGUGACAGUGCCGUUGCAAUUUGGGAAGAAGGUGGCGAAGUGCAAGAAGGUUUUCUCCUCAUCCGGCCAGAUAGAGAGAAGGGCAAAUUCAACGUGAUGUUCGUCAUGCGGAUCCUACAGGGGAAGUUUGCUCCAUGGGCCACCUUUCAGUUUCGACUUCUUAUGGAGGGUGUUCAUCGGUCAACACAAUUCUUUCUCAAUCGCCCAAACAUUCGAGAACUGCGUGAAGUUAGUGAGAAGUUCUAUGUGACUCUGUCCAUCCAAAGCUUUAAGCGUGGAUUGCCCAUGGUGCCCUGCUCCAGCAAGCCAACGGUGACCAUCGAUGCUGGGGAGCGUUUUUGUUUGAAGCUUUGGAGAUGCUACAAGACGGAGAGACGGGGAGCAGCUGGCAGUAAGGGCAAGUUCUUUCUGUCCGAGUAUUUGACUAUCCUGGUGAAUGCUCUGGGAGAGGACAUUGAGACUUUUGAUACUUUGGAUGGAUUAGAAGUUGUCCCUUAUCAGUGCAUUGUUCGACGGAGCGACUGGGAACGCGUGAGAAUGCGUUUCUUUGACAUCUACCCCUUGGCGAAAGCUGCGUAUCGCAGGGCAAAUGGGGGCACGUAUGCGCCAAGUGUCCAUGAGGAGGUUGAAACAAAGUUCAAUCUGCAGGAACCCAAACGCAUCGAAGAAGAUGAAUCGCUGGGCAUGCCCAAGUUGGUGGUACGAAAUACCUUCUUGGACCUCGAGGAAGAAGACACUCAAGAUCCUGCAGACAGGCCUAAACGAAGAACGAGAAGUGCCAAGCGUUUCCCUGUGGAGCUGAGCGUUGCCGAAUUCGCAUAA